GGCAAGGAAGGAGCUGAAAAAUAUCAGGUGAUCUUUGCGUUGUAACGUUCGUACCGUCAUCAUCAAGACUGAGGUCUAUUGUGUUCAUACUGGGCCUGCAAAAGUAGCCUUUUAGACCGAAGGGCCGUAAGAGAUCCUUUGCCUUCUUGGCAUCGCACAUACAAAUUUUUCCCCGACUGAAGUUGGAGGCCCCGUUAGAGGAGGCUUUCUCAGAGACUUCACAUACCGGCACAUCGGCACUAGCACUCACAGAAGAUGUCUGAAUCCUCUCCGUCGCCAUCCCCAGAGAGAGCCAUUUAUGGAUUCGUGCUGUACUUGGCGUCGUUCCUAGGCCUUGGCUUGUAUGUUGUGUGGGCCUACAUCCCCGAGUCCUGGUUACACGCCGUGGGCCUGACCUACUGGCCACAGAAGUACUGGGCUCUGGCCGCUCCUGUCUACAUCACCAUCGCCAUCAUCUUCAUCCUGGUCUUUUACGUCGGGCUGAACUUCACGGUCACAGCUCCGCUAGACUCAGUUCACACGUUAACGGACGGGUUCGCCAAACAGUGGCGACACAGGGAUCUUCCAACUUCUGCCAUCCCCCCACUGGAAGACAUUCACGUAUCGAUUGUGAACAGAAGACUUUACAGACAAGAGUCACAAGAGUGAAGUUAGAGUAAACAGCACUGCGUUGUUUGUUUAGUUGUAUCACAGAACUGCCUUAGGGAAACACGCCAGUUUUGAAGGUCAGUUACAAGCCACCUAAUACAUAAGACCAGACUAGCUGUAUAUAGGCUUGAUCCAAAUGGUGACCCUUAUUCCUAUUGAUAAGUCUGGUAGGUUCUUUUACAUACUGAUCAAGCUUGAAGGUGUGGCUCUCUGCAAACACGGGACCUCUGGCUUUACUUCCUACUCAAGAAGUAGUACUGUAAUCAUUUUCAACUGUCAGUGAGUGGAGUGAGGAACUUUUAUGUAUCCAUGGCAUGGAACCUUUAAGCCCCAACUGUGUUAGGGACUGGUUGUUGGUAGACAAUGUACAUUAUGACUGCCAGCAUUUUAUGAAUGUCUACACAAAUGUGAAUAUGGAAACCUUGAGAACCAUAUUCUA